GCGGAGAGAGCCGCGUCGCAGCCACCGCGACGGCGAGAGAUGCUCCUCCGCGGCGGCGUCGCGCGCCACCCGGUCCUCCGCCGCCGCCUCCAGGAGGCGGCGGCGCUGCCCAUCUCGCUCGCGCGGCUGGGGCGUAGGCGCCUCACGACGGAGCCGCCGCCACCGGUGCACGGCACCGAGUGGACCGACACGGUGGACUACCUGGACGAGUCGGGGGAGGUCCUCUCGUCGGCUCCGGGGGCGCGGCCCGCGGUGCCGGGCGCCGACCCGACCAUCCUCUCCGGCGCCUCGGCGCACCCGCUCCCGCGGCCCGCCGCGGCCGCGCGGCUGGCGGCGCUCGCGCUCCGCCUCCGCUCGGGGCCCACCCUCUCCGCGGCGCUCUCCGCGCUGCCCUCCCCGCCCGAUCCGGCUCUCCUCCUCCUCGCCGCCUCAUCCCUCCCCGCCUCCGACCCCACCCCGCUCCUCUCCCUCGUCUCCUGGGCACGCGUCCAGCCAUGGUUCGUCCCCUCCGACGGCCUGUCCUCCCUCCUUGCCUCCCGCCUCGCCCCGGCCUCCCACUCCUCCGAGCUCCUCUCCAUCUUCGACGAUGCCCUCGCCCACCCCGUCCCCGCGGCAUUUCCCAAUACCCUCAACGCCGUCGUCUCCGCGCUUGCCACCCACGGCCUCCUCGAGCCUGCAUUCUUCUGCUUCAAGCGCCUCCGCGACGCUGGCUUCAGGGUCCUGGAGACGCACAGCUACAACGCCCUCCUCUCGCUGCUGCUCACUCGGGGCCUCGCGUUCAAGGCCUUUGAAGUGCUCGACGAAAUGGCCGCGUCGGAGUGCGCGCUCGACGAGGCAACCUACGAGCUCGCUGUGCCAGCCCUUGCUCGUGCUGGGAGGAUCGAUGCUGCACGCAAGAUGUUCGAUGAAAUGAGGAAGAGGGAGGGGAUUGGGCGGGCGUCGGCUGGGGUGUACGGCGUGCUGGUGGACGUGAUGGCAAAGGCCGGGAGGCUCGACGCUGCUAUGGGGAUGUACAGAGAGAUGGUGGCGGUGGGGCACCGUGCGAGCCCCGCGGUGAGCACGGCCUUGGUGGAGGGGCUGGUGAGGGCUGGGAAGCUGGAUGCUGGGAUGGAGCUUUGGGAUGAGAUGAGGAGGGGAGGACUCCGUCCGAGCUUUGGGCUGUACACCAUGGUGGUUGAGGCAAAUGCACGGUCCGGGAGGCUGGAUGUCGCCACACAAUUGUUUGGUGAUAUGGAGAAGUCUGGCUUCUUCCCUACACCGGCCACAUACGCUUGCCUGGUGGAAAUGCAUGCUUCAGCAGGGCAGGUGGAUGCUGCUAUGCGGUUGUACCACUCAAUGGCGAAUGCCGGAACAAGGCCAGGGCUGAGCACAUUUACAGCAUUGCUGAUGAUGUUGGCGAACAAGAGGAUGCUCGAUUUGGCCGCGAAGGUAUUGCUGGAGAUGAAGGCAUCAGGGUUCCCUAUCGAGGUGACUGCAAGCGACCUCCUGAUGAUUUACAUCAAGGAUGGGUCGACGGAGCUUGCACUCCGGUGGCUACGGUUCAUGGGCUCAGCUGGCAUACGGACCAACAAUUUCAUUAUAAGGCAGCUAUUUGAGUCCUGUAUGAAGACAGGGAUGUAUGACUCAGCACGGCCAUUGCUUGAAACAUAUGUUGCUGGGUUAGCAAAGGUAGACUUGAUACUCUAUACUUCGAUCCUCGCACAUUUGGUGCGCUGCCAGGAUGAAGGCAGUGAGCGGGCGAUCAUGGACAUCCUGAGUGCAAGUAAGCACAAGGCACACGACUUCAUGUGCGGGCUGUUCACCGGGCCUGAGCAGCGCAAGAAGCCAGUGCUCUCGUUUGUCCGAGAGUUCUUCCAGGGCAUUGACUAUGAGAAUGAGGAGAGCGCGGCCAGGUACUUCGUGAAUGUGCUCCUCAACUAUCUGGUUCUCAUGGGGCAGAUGAACCGUGCCCGCUGUAUCUGGAAGGUCGCCUACGAAAACAAGCUGUUUGCCAAGGCCAUCGUCUUCGAUCAGCACAUCGCCUGGUCACUGGACGUCCGGAACCUGUCCGUGGGCGCGGCACUGGUGGCGACGGUGCACACGAUGCACAGGUUCAGGAAGCGGAUGCUCUACUACGGGGUGGUGCCACGGCGCAUCAAGCUAGUGACUGGACCGACGCUCAAGAUGGUGGUGGCGCAGGUGCUGGCGUCGCUGGAGUCGCCGUUCGAGGUGAGCAAGGUCGUGCUGCGGGCACCGGGCGACUCUGUGCUGGAGUGGUUCAAGAAACCAAUCGUGCAGCAGUUCCUGCUCAAUGAGAUACCGUCCAAAGCUGAUGUCCUGAUGCACAGGCUCAACGUGAUGUUCCCGAGCUCCGCCCCCGAGGUCCGGUCACUCUCUAUCCCCAGGUCCCUUGGCAUGUCAAGGUGAUGCUGCUUAUCUUUGUAGUAGUUUUCGCACAAGCUUCACCAAAAGCAGAAUCCAUAUUGACAUCUUUGUAUACUAGUACAACUUUUUGUCAAAACCAUCAGAGUGUACAAGUACAGUAGUGCUUUGCUGCAAAAUGAAAAUGGUUCAUUAUUGUCUUCGUUGCUUGGAUAAGAGUCAUUGAUCCAUUCCAUUACACAAUAUACAUGUGUGUCGCAACGCUAUAUUAAGGACAAAUUA